AUGGCAAGGGAGGGAAAGAAAACUAAGGGGAAACAAAAGAUUGAGAUUAAGGUUAUCGAAAAUAUGGAUGAUAGACUGAUUACAUUUUCAAAACGGCGACCUGGCAUUUAUAAGAAGAUAAGUGAGAUAACCACGCUUUGUGGUGCGGACGUUCUUUUCAUUUGCUUCUCGCCUGCCGCAGAGAACCAAUCAGUGAUUCAAAAUUACAAUGAGGUGGUCAAUCAGCUCGAGGCAGUGAAAGAGAAAGCAAAGGCACUUGCUCAGGUUGAGCAGGCCAGUGGGAGUGAAGGUAAUUGUUGGUGGGAAGCUCCCAUUGAUCAACUCAACCCUGGAGAGCUACAAGAAGUAGAAUCCCAUUAUGAAGAUCUUCUGAACCAGCUCUACAUUGCCAGGAGAAAGGUGAUAGAAGCCAUGACUUCUUCAAUACCUGCACACUUCAAUCCAUCGACUUCACCACCUCAUUAA